UCAUCCGACGGACAGCGCCCGAGAAACUGUGUGUCGAACAUUGUCUCGUAAUGUCCAAACCCGGACAACAAUUGGCCGCGAAAUGUUUUGUCAAAGCGUGUUGCAAUCCCGGAUUUUGCAAACGAAGCCACGAUGCGUGGAUCCUAGCUGGCACUCAUGACCAGCGACGUAUGCCGCGUCGUGUCCUCCUACCGUCCUCGGCUUGCCUUCCUGGCGUCGUCGCAACUCAGCUUCCUCCUCCUCUUCCGCCUGCCUUGCAGUUCUUGAAUGCUUGUCAGUGAAGGCGUGCUUCGAGAGCGUUCGAGAGAGAGCUUUAUCGAAGGCUUUCCGAGCCCUUUCCUUCGGUUUCGGUACAUGACCACCUCAAGAUACCCCAUUGUGUUCGUUGCAGUUCUGGUGAUUGCCCUGGUUUUACCUGUUCUGGUCGUGCCGUCGUCUGGUUCUUACAAGACCGUCGCCGAUUUCAUCUCCUACGGGAACGUCAGAGGGGUUUUGACCACAGGUCAGACAGUUGCGACGCUUCUUGGGAAGCAUUACUUCCAUUCUUUCCUCUUGCUGAUGGGAUCGUCCGCUUCCUCUCCAGCCAUGGCUCAAAAGAGCGUGCACGAGUUUUCUGUGAAGGAUACUGCUGGAAAUGACGUGGAUUUGAGCUCGUACAAGGGCAAGGUCUUGCUCAUUGUCAACGUUGCAUCCCAAUGUGGUCUAACGAGCUCAAACUAUAAGGAGCUCACUGAGGUGUACAGCAAGUACAAAGAUCAAGGCCUGGAAAUCUUGGCGUUCCCCUGCAAUCAGUUUGGUGGGCAGGAACCUGGAACGAAUGAGGAAAUUAAGGAGUUUGCUUGUACGAGGUUCAAAGCGGAAUUCCCAAUAUUUGACAAGGUGAAUGUAAAUGGAGAGAAUGCGGAUCCACUGUACAAAUUUCUGAAGGCAAGCAAGGGAGGAGGUAUAUUGGGAGAAAGCAUCAAGUGGAAUUUUUCCAAGUUUCUGGUUGACAAGGAAGGGAAUGUUGUCGACAGAUACGCCCCAACAACGUCUCCCUCAAAAAUUGAGAAGGAUAUCAAGAAACUCUUAUAGGUCGAUCUUCUACACUUCUAUUGCUCCAACAGGUCUUAUGAAAUUAUAUGCAUUCUGGACGGAGUGUCUUCAUAAAUACGUGAUUGUGACACAUUGGGCGGUGUACUUAUAUGGGUGUGUACAUCCACACCUAUAGUUGAAACAGAUAAGCAGCUGUUCACAAAAAUGCUGGCUAAUUCGCUUUGAGAGAAAUCAGCGACUUCUUUUCUUUUCCUGUACAGUUCAAUAAAGGACCUCGUUAUUCGCUAGCUUGAUAUUUCGAGUAGCGCUGGACAAUUCAGUUCAAGUUUUAGCAAUUUUACGUGUAGGGUAACUUUUGUUUACGUACCCUAAAACAAAUGUAUACAUAUGAAGAAAGGAAAAUAUCUUAUAAUCUUACCGGAUCAAAACGAGAAACCAACGAACUCAGUUGUGAGUCCCAGGCUGUCGAUCUGACGGUGUUGUUACUUAUCCAGCGAGGCUAUCAUACUUUUCAUAUUCUCAGCCUAGUGUAUCACUAGGCUGAGAAACAAUUUAC